AGUGCAAGACCCACUCCAUCCACUGGUCCUCGACACCAUAGGCUCACAUUCUGACCCAUUUGGACCACAGCACUGGGCCAAGCAAACAGCCAGGUCUUGGGGAAAGUGUCUAGGACGAGACCCAGAAUAAAAAGCACUGAGCAUGAAUGCCACUGAAGUAUUAAGGAGAGCUUUUGAAUACAUUAAGCUCAUUUAAGACCCUACUUCUACAACAAGACUGAAAGAAGCCAAUAAAGAGGGUUUGGCCAGAAACCAAGUCCUCUGAUUCCCAAUCAGCCCAAUCUAUCUCUGGAAUCUCAAGGCAUUAUGUCCAAGGUCAUGGAGACACGCCAGCAUCUUGGAUCCUUUAGGAAGGAGGUGCCUGAGAGGGCAGGACUCACUUACCUAUCGAUGUCAUACCCAGACUCAUCCCUGAAAAGAGAGAUUAUGGUACUUACGGUAGUUGAAGGCCCGCUCCGAUGUUGGAGAUUCUCCAGUGAGCUCCUCCAGAUGCAGCAAACUGCCCGGCAUGAGAAGAGCUGUCUAAGGACAGCCUCUUCGGCUCUGAGCCCCGCCUUCCUCUCUCCCCCGCCCGCCUGCCGGCCCGCCCCAACCUCCUCCCCUCCCUGCGCCGGGCUCUGGGAGCCCACCUACACCAACUCUGCCUGGCACCUGCAGUCCUCUGACGACGGGGAUUUCUACGCCCCUCCCAGCUCCCCGCCUCUCUCCGGACUCCCUGCAGAGGUUGCUGGAGCCAAAUUCAGGCCCCUGCCCCCUCGCCUGUCUCUCAGAGUUUCAUUGGGUCACUGUAUUCUGGGGGGCAGAAGGCCAGCUCUCAAGAAGAUUUGUAGAUCCUUCUCUCCAGCUCCCCAAUACCUUUAUCGGGAUCUCAGAUCUUCCCCUGCCAUUUUAACGCCCCAUUUAUGCAUAAACAUCACCACAGUUUAAGUGCCUACUAUGUGCCCCUGGGCCCUGGGAUCCAUUAUUUCUCAUCUUCAGAGCAACUCUGCAAAAUAAGUGUUACUCCCCUCAGUUUUACAGAUGAGGAAACUGAAACUCAGAGAGGGUUAAGUAACUUGGACAGCCUUCAAAGUCCAUCUUGGGGUAAAAGCCCAGGCUUUAGAGACAUACAAAUGUAUAUUUUAGUCCACAUUUUACAUUCAAUAGUUGUGUGGCCUCAAGCAAGUUGAGUAAACUCUCUGAGUCCCAGGUUCCCCAAUAGUAAAGU